AUUAAUAUUUCUAAAAAAGAUAUUUUAAUUUAUUGCAAAAAUAUUCAUAGAUAUAUUAAGUAGACAUAAAUGCUUGGUAAUAUUCUAAUGGUAAUUAAUUUGGGAUUACCUAACCUAAUCAGGUUCUCUUCAUAACAAGGAUCUCUCAGUUUUGGAUCAAAAUGACAGCUAUAAAAGUGCAUGGUGGUAUCGAUAUUUUAAGACUACCGGUAAACGAGGAAGAACAUAUUUGUCCUCCAUGGCGUAUCAAGUACACCCAAUCUCAUAUACUCCAUUCUAAAUGUUCCAAAAGCGAGAAUGGCUGUGGUACCAAUGACACAAAUGCCUGUCAAUUUUGCGUAUAUAAUAAUGCAUUAGAAUUGCCACAUAUGCCAGAUAUGGUGUUUCCCAAUAAUGUAUUAUCUCUAAAGCAUGAAGAUGGAGCAUUGCUGCAAUUUAAUGCUUUAGAUGCUUUAAGAUAUGUUUCUAAUGGAAAGAUUAAUGUGCAGCUUGCUUAUGCAGAAGCUUGGAAAGAAUCGAGAUCAGAAAGUAGUGAAUAUUUAGAAGAAAAGAUCAAACCUUUUGAUUGGACAUUUACUACUAAUUAUACUGGUACAAUAUCUGGCUUCAAAGUCGAAGAAACAAAUGAGAGAAUUGAUAUAGAUAAAUUAAGACAGAGGGAUAAGAUUAUGUUUUAUCAUGAUUUAACAUUAUUUGAAGACGAACUUCAUGAUAAUGGCAUUGCUGUUAAUUCAGUCAAAAUUAGAGUCAUGCCUACCAGUUUUUUUAUACUAUUACGGUAUUUUCUUAGAAUUGAUAAUGUAAUGCUAAGAAUAAAUGAUACACGUAUUUACCACGAAUUUGGGAAAAAUUAUUUAUUGCGUGAGUUUACAUCACGAGAAGCUAAAGUUCAAGAUAUCCGUGUUUCCCCGGCACUUUUUUUGGAACCAAGUACGAUAGCACCUCAUUUGCCAUUAAUUGGAAGUCGAUAUGACAAACUUAUGGUACCUGAAAAAGAAGAAGUUAAAUUAAACGAAGAUAUAGCUGCACAAAAUAUGACUGAAACAAAAUUAAUAUAUUCUGAUGAACAUACAGCAGACAGUUCUAUUACUUAA